AUGGCUUGGCAGGCUGAUGGCCAGACACAAAGUGUUGCUGGAAGUGCCUUCUCUCAACACCAGCACCAGUGCCUUUCCUCACCACCAGCACCAGCACCAGUAUCUUCUCUCAACGCCAGCACCAACCAGCACGAGUGCCUUUCCUCAGCACCAGCACCAGUGUCUUCCCUCAGCAGCAGCACCAGCAUCAGUGCCUUCCCUCAGCACCAGCACCACACCAGCACCAAUGUCUUCCCUCAGCACCAGCACCAGUGCCUUCCCUCAGCACCAACACAAGCACCAGCGCCUUCCCUCAGCACCAACACUAGCACCAAUGCCUUCCCUCAGCACCAGCACCAGUACCUCCCCUCAGGACCAGCACCAGUACCUUCCCUCAGCACUAGCAUCAGCUCCAGUGCCUUCUUUCACAGCACCAGCACCAGUGCCUUCCCUCACAGCACCAGCACCAGUGCCUUAUCUCAGCACCAGCACCAGUGUCUUCCCUUAGCACCAACACCUUUCCUCAGCUCCAGUACCAGCACCAGUGCCUUCCCUCAGCACCAGCACCUUCUCUCAGCACCAGUGCCAGUGCCUUCCCUCACAGCAUCAGCACCAGCACCAGUGCCUUCCCUCAGCACCAGCACCUUCCCUCAGCACCAGUACCAGCACCAGUGUCUUCCCUCAGUACCAACGCCACACCAGUGCCUUCCCUCAACACCAGCAACAGCACCAGUGCUUUCCCUCAGCACCAGCACCAGCACCAAUACCUCUCCUCAGCACCAGCACCAGUACCUCCCCUCAGCACCAGCACCAGUACCAGUGCCUUCCCUCAGCACCAGCACCAGCACUAGUGCCUUCCCUCAGCACCAGCACCAGUACCUCCCCUCAGGACCAGCACCAGUAACUUCCCUCAGUGCUAGCACCAGCUCCAGUGCCUUCUUUCACAGCACCAGCACCAGUGCCUUUGCUCACAGCACCAGCACCAGUGCCUUAUCUCAGCACCAGUACCAGUGUCUUCCCUUCGCACCAACACCUUUCCUCAGCUCCAGUACCAGCACCAGCACCAGUGCCUUCCCUCAGCACCAGUGCCUUUCCUUACCACCAGCACCAGCACCAGUGCCUUCCCUCAGCACCAGCACCAGCACCACCAUGUAUGUGGUAUGGCUACCUGCAAGUGUAAUGACAAGGAAGCCUAAAUAUGGUGUGGACAUCAUUCCUCUUCUGUUUUGGCAACUUAGUAAUGUGGAGAACAUAAAAUCUAUAAGGGCAGAGAUGUGGCCUUGCUGGUAUAUGAAAAGACGAGAGAACUUGAUGCUUUUCUUCAGUUCUGCCAGCAAAGGACAAUGGGAGAGUGCAGAUGUGGUGGUGGCAGUGUGA